AUGGCUCCCUCACCGGAUAAUCAUGGAAGCGCUGUAUUGAGUGACAUGAGUCAGGACGCAGAAUAUGAUGUCAAGGACACGGAAAAGCAGCAAGAGGAAAAAGCCCAUCCGGAAUAUCAGGACACCUUUGGUGAUGAAGAAUACGCCGAGGUGAAGUACAAGGUGUUGAGCUGGUGGUAUGUUGUCGGACGAUCUCAAUUCUCAAAUGAUCCCAGUUGGCUGACCAGCUUUACACAGGCAAUGUGGUUUUCUGAUGGUCGCGGAAACGGUCUCGCUGGGGAUUCUCUCAUUACCCGCCGUGGUUGCUGCCUUAGGCCUUGUCCCGUAGGAAGCCCCAUUCCCGGAGGAUGCUCAUUUCAUAUACUGACAUCCAUUAAAAGUGCUAUUAUUCUUCUGCUCGGCCUCGGCCUUCUGGCGACUUAUACUGGCUAUACCAUUGGACAGUUCAGAUGGCGCUAUCCUCACAUCCAAAGCAUGGCCGAUGCCGGCGAGGUCCUUCUCGGCAAGUUCGGGCGCGAGUUCUUAGGGACCGGUCAACUUCUGCUUAUCAUUUUCAUCAUGGCUAGUCACAUUCUUACCUUUACGGUGGCCAUGAAUAAUAUCACCGACCACGGAACGUGCUCCAUUGUCUUUGGUGUUGUGGGACUAGUCAUCUCUUAUGUCUUAUGUUUACCGCGCACAUCGGCCAAGGUGUCGUAUCUCUCUAUUGCUUCUUUCAUAAGUGUCUUUAGCGCCGUAAUGAUUGUCAUGAUUGCGCUUGGCAUUCAACGCCCAUGGCACGGUGGGGUCCAGGCGACCGUCGACACCAGCCUGUACAAGGCGUUCCUUGCUGUGUGCAACAUUGUCUUUUCUUUCUCGGGCCAUGUUGCCUUUUUUGGAUUUAUGUCCGAACUCAAGGAUCCGAAAGAAUACCCCAAAUCUCUGUUCCUUCUUCAGGGAAUCGAUGUCUGCCUAUACAUCGUCACGGCUAUCGUGAUUUACUACUACGCUGGCCAGGAUGUGACUUCCCCGGCUUUAGGGUCUGCUAGUCCCGUGGUGCGCAAGGUGGCCUACGGCAUUGCGCUUCCUACUAUUAUCAUUGGUGGCGUAGUCAAUGGCCAUGUUGCGUGCAAGUACGUCUACGUCCGCCUGUUCCGUGGCAGCGACCGCAUGCACAAGAAGGAUCUAGUGGCCACCGGCUCUUGGGUAAUCCUUAUGUUGCUUCUGUGGGUUGUGGCCUGGAUCAUCGCGGAGGCGAUUCCAGUCUUCAACAAUCUUCUGAGCUUAGUCGCCUCUCUCUUCGCAAGCUGGUUCACCUACGGCCUCAGCGCCACGUUCUGGCUCUACCUCAACAAGGACCGACUCUUCGCGACGCCCAUGAAAAUCUUCCUCACCAUCCUCAAUGUCCUUAUUUUCGGAAUCGCAGCAUGCAUCUGCGGUCUCGGCCUGUAUGUGUCAGGCAAAGCAUUGCAUGAUGACCCCAGUAGCGCUAGUUUCUCGUGUGCAAAUAACGCUUGA